AUGGGGACUCGAUUUACGGGCGAUAGUAAGGACCCUGAGGUGAAUGUUACUGCGUGGUGUUUGUUGGUUGUGGUUGUUUUGGCGGUUUUUGCGAGGUUGGGGACGAAGUAUCAUAUUUUUAAGAGAUGGACUUCGGAUGAUUUUUUGGUUAUUGUUUCUUCGGCCUUUUGCAUUGCGCAGGUGGUGACUUUGUCGCUGGCGGUCGCUGCGGGCUAUGGAACACACAAGAAGGAUGUUUCUGAUGCCAAUUUCGAUCAAAUCAUGAAGAAUCUGUGGACUGCAUCUCUGCUGUACAUCGCCAGUCUUUGUUUUUCGAAGCUCUCCCUGGUGAUCUUCACAUUGCGUCUGAGUCCUGCCGCGAAGGACCAUCGCCUGGGGAAGAUUGUGGCCGGUUUGGUCGUCACUUGGACCCUCGUCGCAAUACUGGGAACUGCAUUUGAAUGCGAGGUGCCACGAUCCUGGGACUUUUGGAAUGGAAAAUGCAUCAAUAUGGUAUCUCAUCUUCAUCUUCACAUUGGAAAAGAACAUUAUUUUGUUAAGAUUUAUCAGGAAGCAUGGCACUACUUCGUCUGCCUAUCCAACAUGGCUACUGAAGCAUUAAUUCUAACCCAGGCCUUCCUCCUCAUCAAAGGCAUCCACGCCUCCUUCAAAAAACGCCUCGUAUUCGCCAGCAUCUUCUUACCAAGAAUACUCGUGAUCGGCGUCAUAAUCGCCCAACUCCCACUCAUCCGCCCAGCCACAACAUCCACAGACCCCAGCUACGAUAUAUGCGACAUAUCCGUGAUCGAAGAACUAGUCCAAUGUCUCAGCAUCGUAACAGCCUGCUGGGGCCAAUUGAAGCCAUUCCUCACCUGGCUCAAGUUGGAAGGGCGGUUGCGCGUGAACACCGGAACAGGAGAUACGUAUAAUCUGGACUCGAAAUCGCAAUUCAGGUCUCGGGAGAGGAAGGCGAAUGCGGAUUAUGGGCUUUCGUCUCGGAGUGAGCCUCUGGUUGUGUCGGUUACGAGGGAUUGGGAGGUGGAUAGUCAGUCGAGUCAGACGCAUAUUAUUCGGGAGAAUCAGCAUCCUUGGAUGGGGGAGGGGGAGGGGCCGACUAUUGAGGGUGGACAGGGGGAUGGAAAGGGAGGGAAGUAG